AUGGAGGAGAACCAGCUGGAUUCAGAAACCUUCUCCUGUUCAAUCUGUCUGGAUCUACUGAAGGAUCCGGUGACUAUUCCUUGUGGACACAACUACUGUAUGAACUGUAUUAAAAGCCACUGGGAUAAGGAGGAUCAGGUAGGAAUUCAGAGUUGCCCUCAGUGUAGGGAGACCUUUAUACCCAGGCCAUUUCUGAAGAAAAAUAACUUGGUUGCUGCUGUAGUGGAGCAGAUAAAGAAGACUGGAUUGCAAGCUGCUCCUGCUGACCACUGCUAUAUUGGAGCUGAAGACGUGGCUUGUGAUAUCUGUACUAAAGGGAAAGUGAAAGCAACCAUGUCCUGUUUGGUCUGCCUCGCCUCCUACUGUGAAAAACACCUUCAGUCUCAUCGGGAGUCAGCUCCGUUAAAGAAACACAAGCUGGUGGAGCCCUCCAAGAAUCUUCAGGAAAACAUCUGCUCACAUCAUGAUGAGGUGAUGAAGAUGUUCUGCCGUGAUGAUCAGAAGUGUAUCUGUUAUCUAUGUUCUGUGGAGGAACAUAAAGGCCAUGAGAUAGUCUCAAUUGCAGCAGAGAAGACUAAGAGGCAGAGCGAGCUGGAGGAGAGGCGAGGUAUAAUCCAGCAGAGAGUCCAGGACAGAGAGAAAGAUGUGAAGCUACUUCAACAGGAGGUGAAAGCCAUCAAUCAACUGGCUGAUAAAACAGUGGAGGAGAGUAAGAAAAUCUUUAAUCAGCUGAUCCACUUCAUCCAGAAAAGAAGCUCUGAUGUGAAGCAGCAGAUCAGAUCCCAGCAGGAAGCUGUAGUGAGUCCACUCAAAGAGCUUCAGGAGAAGCUGCAGCAGGAGAUCACUGAGCUGAAAAGGAAAGACGUUGUGCUGGAGCAGCUCACAAACACCGAAGAUCAUAACCAGUUUCUUCGCAGCUACCUAUCACUGUCAGACUUUAGUGAAUCAGCACCUUCACAUAGCAUCAACGUUUGUCCUUUAAGAUCCUGGCAGGAUGUAACAGCAGCUGUGUCAGAGCUCAGAGACAAAGUACAGGACAUACUGAGAGACACAUGGACCAACUUCUCACUGACACUUAAUAAGGAAGAACCAGAACCAGGGAGCGGAACUGAAUUCUUAGAAUAUUCACUUCAAAUCACACUGGAUCCUAACACAGCAAACAGACAAUUGUCAUUAUCAGAGGGAAACAGGAAAGUGAAUAGGAUAGAACAACCACAGUCUUAUUCUAGUCAUCCAAACAGAUUUACUGAUUUUUGGCAGGUUCUGAGUAUAGAGAGUCUUCAUGGAUGUUGUUACUGGGAGGUGGAGUGGAGGGGGGACAUUGAUGUAGCAGUGGCAUACAAGAAUAUCAGCAGGGUAGGAGAGGGGGAUGAAUGUUUAUUUGGAUUUAAUGAAAAAUCCUGGGCUUUAAAUUGUAACCAAGGCAAUUAUACAUUUGGUCACAACAACAUCUGGACCCCUAUCUCAGGACCUGGUUCCUCCAGAGUAGGAGUGGACCUGGAUCACAGAGCAGGUGUUCUGUCCUUCUACAGAGUCUCUGAAACCAGGACUCUUCUCCACAGAGUCCAGACCAAAUUCACUCAGCCGCUACAUGCUGGAGUUUGGGUUGGUACUGGAUCCUCUGCAGAGUUCUGUAAACCCAAAUAG